UUGGAGGAAUUGCGGCUUUCAAAAUUCAGCGCCACAAAUGCCUAGAGACCACGAAAGGCGCGCCCGAUCUAGAUCUCAUGAACGAUAUAGAGACCGUGGAGAUAAUUACGAACGUUCGCGGAAACAUCGAGAUGAUUACCAUCGUAAAGAUCGUGACUACGGUUAUGAGGAAAGGGAUUUAGACAGAGACCGAUACCGGCAUGAUAAAGAAAAGAAAAAAGAGCGAGAUGGGCGACGUAGACAUGAACGCAAUCAUAGCGAUGAAAGAUGGAAGCGUCGUUCACGUUCUACGAGUCCUGUGUCUAACGUGGAGACUGAAGUUGUGGAAUAUGAAGAAGUCGAACCAUCUGAGCCUAUAACUGAGGAGGAAGCAGAAAUGAUGCGCAAUAUGGGCUUCUGUAAUUUCAGCACUACUAAAGGAAAGCAUGUGGUUGGUAACAGCAUCUACGUAGCUAACAUAGCAAAGCAGAGGAAGUACCGUCAGUAUAUGAAUCGCCGCGGGGGUUUCAACCGUCCUCUCGACCCAGUUGCCUAAAUAUUACCAUAAAACUUGUACAUAUUUUUUAUUUGUCAAAGUACACUAGUUAAAACAAUUCUUAAACAAACAGAUGAAACUUUUGUACGCUGAACAAAGGUUUUUAAAUAUGACAUUUUUACAACUAAGCUGCUAAUUUACAUUUUACGGCUAUUUUUGAACGCAUGAUCAAAGGAUUUCGAUAAAGAAGAAUUCUGUACAUGUUAGGUCCUGCUACUCCACUAAUUGGUGCAUGUGUCAUGCUUCCAACAACAUUCACCGCGAUGCUAAACUAUUUUAGCAUGCAGUUUAUUCCUCUGUAAUAAGCAUAUUCCGGUUUAUAUUAAAAAACCACAUUACUGUACCGUUGUUUCUUUUACAACUAUAAUAAUGCGAAUUA